CUUCCCGCCGAUGGUAGUACUUGGCCACCUCUUCUCUAUUAAGUGCGAAUUACCCCACUUUCUUGGUGGGUUCCUCUUCCUUCCAUCUGAAUUGUUGAGAAUUCUUUCUUUUUUGGGUUUGCAAUUACAGCAAAUUCGGUCUCAAAUGGUAGUUGCAGGUUUUAUCUAAAGAAAUGAAGACAGACUGGCUUAGUACCCUUUUGGAUAGCAAAUUCUUUGGUUCUUGCAUUCCUCAUAAAGAGCUUCACAGAAAUGAAGAAAACGUGUUUUGCAUCGAUUGUAGUCUUGGAUGUUGUAGGCAUUGUAUGGAAGCUCAUCGCUCCCACCAGCAGCUUCAAAUCUGCAAAUAUGUCUACAAUGAUGUUGUCCGCCUUCAAGAAAUACAGAAACAUCUUGACUGCUCAAAUAUUCAGACAUAUAAAAUCAAUGGCAAAAAAGUCGUGCAUCUCAAUUCUCGUCCUCAAUCCAAAGAUACAAAAUCAUCAACUAAAUAUAAGUCUGGUUGUUCUUGCGAAGGUUGUGGGAGAUUCCUACAGGACCUUCCUAGUUACUUCUGUUCCGUUGCCUGCAAGGUCUCAGCCGUUUCAGUGAAGCCCAAGGAUCAAAGCCAAGACUUGAUCCCCUCCCCAAUUCCAAAAAUUGACAUGUCUUCAAAGGAAAACUCUCAUCAAGAAACAAACACAAAUGAAAUGGAAUCAUCAAUCUCAGUGGCUGAUUCAUCUGAGGAGAUAAAAGCUGGGGUAAGUUCGGCUUUGAAGCCAACGAAGCGAACACAUAAGAGGAAAGGUAUUCCUAGGAGGGCUCCUCUAUUUUGAUGCUCAACAAAAUCAAUGUUCCAUCCUUCCUUUUCAUUGCUUUCAUUUCUUAUACAAUCUCUGUCCAUUUUCAUUUGUCGCUUCUACAAUUUUGGUUUUACUAAGGCUCCAAAACGGAAUACUGCAGCUACUAAAAUUCCAAACGUAAAAUCUCUCCCAUGUAAACCCCAAGUUGGGAUUUAGUUGGGUUAGUUAGGAGUGAUGGUUGCUGUGUUAUUAACAUGAGGCAUUUGGUUGAUAUUUGUAUUUCCUAAGAUUGACUUGCAUAUUCUUCGUCGGAAUAGAAAUGGGUAGUUCAAUAAUUUCUGGUUAAUAAAUGUAUGCUUGCUGUUGAUGUGAAUAGAAUGUUUCACACUUGCAUAA